AAGUGAGAGGAGCUCUCCAAAGCCCCGGAGAAUCUUAAAAAGCUUACGUAAAACAAGAAAAACUUACAGCAGGUGCAUGUUGGACAUUCGCCGUCGUUUUCGAUGAUAUUGUCCCGGACCAAGGAUUCAAUGUCUGGACUCUUUGGCGGAAGCAAACCUUCCGCUUCAGACCGGAAUGGAAGACUCUCUCCGGCUGCAGUUGACGGCGCCGGCUCGGUUAGGGGACUCCAGCGAGCCGGAGGUGUAAAGGGAAAAUCUGGUCACUUAGACAGCCAACAUGCCGGAGAAAGUAGGAAAUCUAAAAUCUCGGCUUCUCGCAAGCUCAUGCUGAAGAGCUUGAUGGUGGCCAGGGCCAAAGAGCAUCUGGAGCAGGAGAUGGUGGACAAGGAGGAGCAGAAGAAAAGCUACUUGGAUGAAAAGGCUCCUGUGUUGGAGAUCAACUCCAUGAACUUAGAGGAGCUGCAGAGACUCUGUGAGGACCUGCACUCCAAGAUCCACUUGGUGGACGAGGAGCGCUACGACAUUGAAGCCAAAGUCCAGCACAACACCAGAGAGAUCCAAGACCUGAACAUCAAGGUGCUGGACUUACGAGGCAAGUUUAAGAGACCCAGCCUUCGACGGGUGAGGGUCUCUGCAGACGCCAUCCUCCACUCCCUGCUGGGUUCCAAGCACAAGGUGUCCUUGGACCUGCGAGCCAACCUCAAGUCGGUGAAGAAGGAAGAUGUGGAGAAGGAAAAAACAGUGGAGGUGGGCGACUGGAGGAAGAACGUGGAGGCCAUGUCAGGGAUGGAGGGCCGCAAAAAGAUGUUUGACGCAGCCAAGGGCCCCGCCCAGUGAUACCCCGCCUAGUGAAGAUGCACUAAACUCCUGACUCAGCAUGUCUGCAUUGCAUGUCAUAUUUUAUUUACCACACUGCCCUUGUAAUUUGUACCACCUGAUGAUUCUCCCUCAUAUAACUGAGUGUUAUUCCACCAUAUAUUUGUAUGCCAAGGAACUAAAAUGUACAAAUGCUGUCGAA